AUGGGUCCCAUGCUCGGCCUCGUCGCCGCCUUGGCCGUCGUCGUCCUGGCCGCCUUUCUCAACAAGUACGCCACCGGCCUCGCCUCGGGGCGCUUCCCGAUGCUGCGAAACAAGCGGAUCUGCCUGCUCAUCGCCCACCCGGACGACGAGGCCAUGUUCUUCGCCCCGACGGUGCUGGCCCUGACGCGGCCCGAAACCGGCAACCACGUCAAGAUUCUCUGCCUGAGCACCGGCAACGCCGACGGACUUGGCGAAACGAGGAAGAAGGAGCUCGUCAAGAGCGGCCUGCAGCUCGGCCUCCGAAACGAAGACGACGUCUUCAUCGUCGACAAUCCGUACGCCUCUCCUCGUCACCCUGCGGGAACCCCGGCCGACUUCCCCGACUCGAUGACGAAAUCGUGGGACGAGUCAAAGAUCUCGGACCUCCUCCGCAGCGCCUUCGCGCCGGCUCUUGCUCGCCAGCUCGCCGACGGCGCUCGACCAAGCGCCAACAUCGACGUUCUCGUCACCUUUGACGGCCGCGGCGUCUCAAGCCACCCGAACCACAUCUCGCUCUACCACGGCGCACGCGCCUUUGCCGCCGCCCUCGUCCGCGGCGACGCAGGCGGAGACGGCCCCGUGGACCUCUACACCCUCACGACGGUCCACCUUCUACGCAAGUACUCCUCCUUCCUCGAUGUUUUCGCCACCAUGGCCGUCCAGGUGACGCAUGCGGACCGCGAGCCGGCCAAGAAAGGCAGGCUGGUCUUCAUGAACCAGCUUGUCGGUGGAGCCGGCCUCGCCACGGCCUGCAAGGCCAUGACGGAUGCCCACAAGAGCCAGAUGGUGUGGUUCAGGUACUUGUACAUUGCCUUUAGCCGCUACAUGAUCAUCAACGAUCUGAAGCUCGAAACCGUCGAGGCGCCGGACCGCGAAGAGUGA